AUGGCCUUUGCAUCUUCCCUGGCCAAGCUCCAACAGCAAGCCAGCUGCUCCUUCUGCCUGAAUUACCUGAGUGACCCGGUGACCAUUGACUGUGGACACAACUUCUGUCGCUCCUGCAUCCAGCAGUGCUGGGAAGGUCUCCAGGAUAUCUUGCCCUGCCCGGUCUGCCUCCACCAUUGCCUCGACACUGUCAAGCCCAACACUCAAUUACGUCACAUAGUUGAUAUUGUGAUGCAGCUGCCGGCCACUCCAAUCAAGGAACCUCUGUGUGAGAGGCACAGUGAGGUUCUGGACCUGUUCUGUGAGAACGACCUGGAGCUAUUGUGCCCCCAGUGCAGGGCUGUCUCUGAUCACUACAACCAUGACCUGAUACCUAUUAGCAAAGCUGCAGCGAGUUACCAGAAGAAGCUGAAAAACCAUAUGUGUCACCUGAGGAAGCAAUUAGAAAAUGCUGAAAUGGAGUGUGAACUUCAAGUUUCAAAAUCCAUCAAACUGAUGCUGAAGAUUCGAAAUUGGAGGAAGAAAUUACAACUGGAAUUCAGACAAUUUAACCAUUUCAUGGGAAGGCAACAAGUUGCCGAUUAUGGAGAUAUUGGCUGGCUGGUACUCCCGGGGACCUUCACUUGGCUUGGCUCGCUGGCCAGCUGUGAUGCCCGAUGCCGCCAUCCACUGCACUUGCUGCGUUCUGCCAAGACUCUGAAGGAGAUUUAG